UGCGCAUCGCAGACGAGCCGCUGCGCUUCUUUCCUCCAUUCUGCUCCACUUGGGACGCACCUCGCACUGCCGGCGCACUACCGGCUUUCCACGGCAUCGCUGCCCCACGAGGCGACGUGACACUGCGGCGUGGUGAUCAGAUCAGUCUCCUCCCGGAUCCCCCGCAAAGCCACCUGCCAUGCCGGAUCUGCAUCGGGGGAGAUGCUCCUCUCUCUCUUCCUCCUCUUGUUGUUGUGAUAAACUCCGCUCGGUUGUGGCAGAAUCUCACCGCCAGGCUCUACACGCAGCCUGGAUCCUGAGCCUCCAUCAGUGGGCUUAUCACCGGCAAUAAAAAAAGCGACUUUAUUGGUCACAGACAGUGCCUCUACUCUCUGGAUGAGGCACUGUGCGCUGCUGUAAAUCAAGCCCGGAGCAUCGGCGGGAGCACCCGGGUGCAAAGACGAAUGGUUCGGGCAUGCUGCCCACACCCCAGGUGUGCGUAUCCACCCUGGUCACAGUGAGCACGAUGGUGGUGGUGGACCUCUACCUGCUGGAACAAAGCAUGCUGGGAGCUCGCGGGCUGUCGGGGCCUAGCGUGUGGCAGUACAUGGCCGUGUUGCUGGGCGAUGUGGGCUUCUUGCUGGCGCUGCGCUUCGUGUCGGCCGGGGUGGUGUCGGAGGCGCGGUCGUCCCGCCGGGGCUUCGCCAAUGCUCUCUGGUUCCUCUUUCUGUCCCUGCUCCAGCUCAAGCUCUUCUUCGUCUGCCACAACUACAGGCAGGAGCGGCGGCCGCCCGACCCGCUCGCCAGGAAAGUCCUGACGCUCCUGCUGUCCAUCUGUCUGCCGUCCCUGUUUCUGAUCCUCACGGGGGCAGACUACAUGACCCCGCAGCGCAGGAAGCAGGAGGUGCGGGGUCGCCUCCUGUGGGUGGUGGUGGACCUGCUGGAUGUGCUGGAUCUGCAGGCCGGGCUGUGGGAGCCCCAAGGAGGGGCGACGGGGCCUGAGCAACAGCUGCCUAUCUGGGCCGAGGGCUUGGUUUUCUUUUAUUGCUAUGCCCUUCUGCUUCUGCUACCAUGUGUGGCCCUCACGGAAUUGGGGGCCGUGGGCUUGCCAGGACAGAGGGGCCCCCGUAAGGAGGCUUUGUACCCUUGGCUCAGCCUGUUCACAAUCAACAUCUUCACCCUUGGCCUCAGGGGUGCAGGCAUACUGUGGUACAGGGACCCCCGAGUCUCAAUGGUGUUCCUGGGCAAGAACCUGCUGGCCUUGGCAGUGAAGCUGAGCUCAGCCUGGGAGAGGCACAAGCAAGAGCGCGGUCCGAGGGGGCCCGGGGCGGCGGCUGGAGGCCAACCCGAAGAAUCCACGCUACCGAGUCAGGGCUCGGAGCAGGGAGAGAGCCAGACUCAAGGGAAAGCCUCCUCAGCUCACUUUCACACGCUGUCUCGCUCACAAAGCGCCACACUCUCCCACGGGAGCCCGGGACACACAGAGUCACCAUUAGCACCCUCUUUCAUCACCCAUGAACUCUAGAUACACAGUGUGCAUAAUCUAUGCACACACACAGGCAAAUCCCUGACAAGCCAAACAGAUGGACACAGUGGAUAUAAUGCUGUGAAGCUUAGAUUUAUGCACACUUUUGGAGCACCGUGUUUGUUUGUCUGUCUGUUUGUUUGUCUGUCUGUCUGUUUGUUUGUUUGUUUGUUUGUUUGUUUGUCUGUCUGUUUGUUUGUUUCUUUGUUUGUUUCUUUGUUUAUUUGUGGGCGUCAACGCUAAAUCGACUUCAAACCAGAAAAAUUGUUCCAAGAAUGUGAAAAAGUGUUUGCCCCCUUCUCAAAUUUGUAUUUUUUUUAUAGUCUCCCCAUUUUAAUGUUUAAGAUCAUCACAAUAAUGUAAAUAUCAGACAAAGAUAACCCAAAUAAACAUACUGUUUUUAAAUGGGGAUUUUAUUUAUUAAGGGGGGGGGGGGGGGAAAGGACAACACUAACUGACUCUGUGUGAAAAGGUUAUUGCCCCCCCUUGGUAAGUCACGAAUGAACUGGGGCUAAUCACAUUAUUUUGAAACCUGAGGUUAUUUUCACUGACCACACCCAAGCCUGAUUACCUCCAGGCCUGUUGAAUCAAGGAAUAACUUAAAUAGAACCUGUCUGACAAAAUAAAGUAGGCCAAAAGAUCUCAAAAAGCCAAAGGAAAAUGCUUAUGAUCCAAAGAAAUUCAAGAACAGGUAAGAAAUAAAACAAUUGACAGUCUUGAAAGGGUUACAAAGCCAUUAUAAAGCUUUAGGACUACGGUGAGAGCAAUUACCCGCAAAUGGAGAAAAUGUGGAACAGUGGUGAACCUUCCCAAAAGUGGCCGGCCUCCAAAGAUUAUCCCAAAAGCACAGCAACGACUCAUCCAGGAGGUCACAAAGGAAACCAGGACAACACGUAAAGAACUGCAGGCCUCCCUUGCCUCAGUAAAGGUCAGAGAGGGUGGAUAAAAAUGGCAUCCAUGUCAAAGUUUCAAGGCGAAAAUAACUCCUGAUCAUCAGGAACAUAAAGGCUUGUCUUACUUGUGUAAAAAAGAAAAAGAAAAGGAAAAAAAACAUCUGAAUGAUUCCCAAGACUUUUGCGCGUCUCGUUACAUCUGGCGUAAACGAAACAUAGCAUUUCAGAAAAAGAAAAUACCAACAGUCAAACAUGGCGAUGGUUGUUUGAUGGUCUUGGGUUGCACUGCUCCUUCAAGACCUGGACGACUUACUGUGAUUGAGGGAACCAUGAAUGCUGCUCUUUACCAGAAAAUCUUGAAGGAGGAUGAUCGGCCAUUAGUUUGUGACCCGAAGCUCAAGCGCACUUGGGUUCCGCAGCAGGACAACGACCCAAAACACCCCAGCAAGUCAACUUCUGAUGGCUUUUAAAAAAAAUAAAAUAAUAAUAAUAAUUAUUAUUUUUUUUUUAAUUAAGGUUUUGGAGUAGCCUAGUCAAAGUCCAGACUUGAAUCCGAUUGAAAUGCAGUGAAAGGACCUAAAAAUGGCCAUUCAUGCUCAAAAACCCUCUAGUGUUGCUGAAUUAAAACAAUUCUGCAAGGACGAGUGGGCCAAAAUAUCUUCGCAGAGAUUUGAAAGACUCAAUGGCCAGUUAUAGAAAACACUUGAUUUCAGUUGUUGCUUCUGAGGGGUGGCCUAAACAGUUAUUAGCUUUAGGGUGCAAUUACUUUUUCACACAGGUUGCUUUGAAUAUUUUUUUCCCCUUCAUAAAUAAAAUCUCCACCAUCUUUGUCUGAUAUUCAAAAAAACAAAGUGGGCAAACUAUGCCAAAAAAAUAUUUAAGAAGGGGGCAAGUACUUUUUCACAGCACUGUAUGUCUUUAGUGCUCAUUCCUCCAUAUAUCGUCGCUGUCGGGCAGAAACUUGGUAUGUCCGAAUAUGGUCAGAUUUUUUUCAGGAAGCAAUACUAUUGGUCUGUCCCCACGUCAUCUGUUAUUUUGACACAUUAACAUUUUAAAGUGUUGAAAAUAGCUUCAGAACAAAUCUCUCUCAAACGCUCAACUGACAAGUGUCGUAAACUCUUCACUCACUCUGCGGGAGUCAUGCAGCAUUUUGUCGUCGCAAACAGAUCUGAAGUAUUAGCGCACAAUUUAAUGUGGACAGCAAGCGCUGACAAUGUGCUAGCGAUGUGUCCUACCAUUUUAAUCAAUCACAGCAUCAUAAAUUUGCAGUUUUUUAGCAUAUUAUAUUCGCAAUUGAACAUUAUUUUGGGGUGGUGUUAUGUUGACGUUGGUGCACAAUGGAAUAGAAGUUAUAAUACCGACUUGAAUAAUGCAGUGUUUGCAUCAUUCAAGUGGGUAUUGUAACUUCUAUUCCAUUGCGUCGGAGGCGCGGUCGUCCCGACUCACCCGAAUGCCCCCCGACAAUGAUGAUAUUGUUUUGUGUGUGCCAGUUUUUAAACUUUUAAUGUUUUUUAAACUGUUGUGCAUUUGCAGUCAGAGAAAAGUACCGUAAUUGAGCAGGGGACUGUGAAGACCGCUGCAAUUAAAUUGUUUGUCCAACUAAAAAUCACAUUCAAUCACCUCUCUUUGCUGAAAAAAGUGUACAACUCUUUUUUGCUAAAUCACUUUGCAUUGUUCAAAUUAAAGAAAAUGAAGGUCUUUGGGGAAAUGGCAGAAUGCUUUGGGUUUUUUUUCCGCCAGUAAGUGGGAUGGAGCGUCAGUGUGUUUGAUUGAUCUAUUAGGUAGCUACCACAGUGCUGAAAUUACUAUAACUUAAAGCGCCGCUUCUCAUGGAAUCCACGCACAAGGACUGAUUAGAACAUCACUUUUUUCCCACUGCUUUAUUUAACAAAAUAAGCUUACUUUGCGAUAUUUGUAAGAUUGUUUUGUUACAAAUCAGUUCCAAUCAUUGGGAAGCGCUUCUUGGCAAUAUGGUCAUUAAGAACUCAUCACUUUCAAAAUAGGACUACUUUCAAGCAUUGUUUUGCUAUAAAAAGCUUAUUGUUGGAAAUUACUUCUUCUCUACGUUCUCAAAUUUUGUCACCCUGCGACCCGCAUUUUCCUAUUGUCGCCAAGUCACGACCCACUUUUACAGAAGUGAAGAAUAAAGAACAUUAAUUGUUCAAAAAUAGCCUUUGAAAAAAUGCGUAUGUUCACCAUAUUUGUAAACAUAACAUGCUUAAAGGUUCAAAGUGCCUUUCAGAGCACCUUAUUAUGAAACUGAGGAUGAACAUGACAACUUCAUGUACAAAAAUGAAUAAAGUAAAAUCACAAUUGCACAAAAUACAGCUACAAAUUCUCACUCAUAUUGGUAUUGAUCGCUUCCCUGGGAAAGAGAAAAUGUUGUGACACCUCCAAAUAUAAAACAACAAAGACCAAGAAAGAGCUUUUGAUGGCAAAAUUAUAAUUUGUUUACAGACAUAUAACUAUAAGACACGCCAUAACACACGCGUAACUCCCUCCUUAUUCCACUCUUUCUCUUUCUGGAUCUCUGCCCAGAAUCCAUAACCUAUGAAAGUUUAAUUUUUUGAAUGGAAUUAUGGAAUUAUAAAUAAACUAUUCCGUGAUAUAAUAUUUUUUUUUUGGAAAGGGUUUGUAUGCCACAGGUAAGAUAGUCUGUGGUUAAGAAGUUUGCAGUUGUGCUCAGCUGCAUGCCACCAGGACAGAAUA